GGCAGUGGAUCCAGAGCAUAACCCAGGAUGACAUCCUGGAUGGGAAACCAGUCAGUUCCAUGGCACUGUGCACAGACUCAGUGAUACAUUCACAACUCAAGGGAAAUUGAUCUGAUCCAGUCCAAUUAGUGCAAAAAAAAGAAAACAGGCAAACCCUGAGGAAACCCCUGUGAAGACUGGCUGAACGUUGAGCCUGGAUACUAGAAGCUGUUCUUACUGACUGCCAUAUUAAGAUGUUUAUUUGUUGCCUACUGAGAAAACAACAGGAAACGUGUUCUUAAAGUUGUUGGAGUUUGUAAUUCAAGCUACAAGACUGUAUAAAGGAAAUGCGCAAGUACAUUUGCGCCACGAGGUGUGGACAGACUGGUGCGUGCUGUGAUUUGUUAUGGGUUCAUUGUUCUUCAGCUAACUUGUGAUGGAUGGAGUAUCCGUGUCUCCAGCAGCCUCUUCUGAAUGCAGUGAAGAGCAGUCAUCCGAAAGGAAUGCUCUGGCACCCGAGGACAACUCCGACUCUGAUUAUCCGAGAUCUCCGCGCAGCGAGUCGAGCGCAAUCAUCAUGGCUCAGCCGAAGAUACCCAUGGAAGCGCCGUCCAAGUUAUGGAUAAGCACCGUUUUUAUAGUCAUGGUUGCUCUUCAAGUCGCGUCGACUACCGGAUUAUUCGUUUAUCUCAAUAUGUCAGUGGCUCAGGCGCGGAAUCAGGGUGUGUUUGAGGAACUGCGCUGUCUUGGACUGCUGAACGCUCUAGAGAAAGAUCAGGAGGUGCCAGAUGGUCUGGUACAGCUCUUUGGAGAACCAUGCAUUAGACUGGCUGAAGGAAUUAGGACAUAUAUAUCCAAGGUUACAGAAAAUGUCAUCUCUCAGCAUAUCUUUCAUGAGCAAAGACAAACAGCCGAGCCCCGUCUGAAAGUUCUUCCUGAUGGGAACCAGCGGCCCUCCGCUCACCUCACCCUCAGAGACAAUGGACUACAAGGCCCAACAUCUUUAACUCCUCAAAGAGACCUCCACCAGUCCUGCCGCCAUCUUGUACGUUCCUGGGGAAACCAGAGCUUCGGCUCGCACAUGCACAACAUGACAUUGUCCAACGGGCGCCUGCGAAUCCCUCAGACAGGACGUUAUUACCUGUAUGCUCAGAUCUACUUCCGGUAUCUCACACUGUCCAAUGGCGAGCACCAGUCCAACUCAGAGAGCCAGCAGGUUGUGCAAUGUGUGUAUAAGAAGACAGCUUAUGUGCAACCCAUUCAGCUGUUAAAGGGAGUGGGCACUAAGUGCUGGUCCCCGGAUAGCGAGAACGCCCUGCACUCCAUCUACCAAGGAGGCAUGUUCGAGCUGCGAGCAGGAGACGAGAUCUUCGUUUCAGUGUCUGCUCCUACCGCAGUGCAUGCAGAAGACUCGUCCAGUUACUUCGGAGCCUUUCGCUUUGACCCAUGAACGCUGCUCAUUUGGGAGUCUCUGAAGCGUUCAGUGUUAAGACUGUGAGAAAAAGGAAGGGAGUGGGUGGAAUAAGGAAGGAUCUGUAAAACUUCCUGUUUAUUCAAAAAUCUCCAUGAUGUGAGAGCGUAUGACUCAACAGCAGACUAAUGGGGUGCAGACUUGUUGGCAAUGUAGCUAUUAAACCCAGAAGGAUACUUCAUAAUGGAUUCUAAAAAAUCCAGGAUAAAACUCAUACUCAGAUGUCUUUAAGUAAUCACUGCUCUUUGCUAAAGAGCAUCAUGAAUGGCAUGAAGUUUUUUCCUCACAAAUGCACAGUGGGGCCUUGAAUAGGACACUAAUGGGUGGUCCAGAGUUUGUGGGAACACAGCUGAGGAAUUUCAUGAAUUUACAUUUAGCCUUACAUUUAGGAUAAGCAAAACCCACUUUGUCCAAAAAAUAUAUUUUUCCUUUAUUUUGAAUAUAGUCGAGCUGAAAUAUAUUUUGUGUUGAAGUCUGCUUCUUUAGUUCUAUUUGCACUGGAGCUACUAGUCUAAUCAUCAGUGAUGCUCAUACCCUUUUAGUGUUAUGAAUGAAUCAGAUCAAUUGUGUCAAUCAUUCCCACAGAAAGAAUCAACUCAGACGUUUAAAUGUUUAAAGGUUUGCACUGAAUCAUUUAAACAGUUCCUAUGAAUGAAUGAAUGAAACUGCCUUCAUCUACAAAAAAUAUCACAUACUGUAUGUGAGUCAUAAACCCAUAGUUUAACACUAUACAAAAAGCAUGUCUAAAUCAACACGCUCACUAAAAAUAUUGUCAAGUAGUAACCAGACUUGUUUGAGUGGUUUCUAACAAUAUCUCGUACUCUUAUCAGUAGAAUGGACAAAGGACACAUUGUAGGCAAAAGCAAUUCUAAGUUGUAACACCAUCUUGAAGCUCCACUUGUCACGUUCUUCCUCAGCAUAUACACUCACCAGCCACUUUAUUAGGCACACUAUACUGGAUAGGACACCCUUUGCUGCUCACCACGGUUAAGAAAGUGGUUAUUUGUGUUCCUGUCCUCCUGACCUCGCUCAUCAAUAUUUCCUUUUUUAAUAUGGACUUUCUAUUCUUUUCUAUUCUAUACUGAAACAACAGCAUCACAUAGUCUAAGGGUGUUUUAGAGACGAGCGUGUAUAGGUUCAGACAUGCAGGUUGCAUAAUGCUAAAUUGGUAGCCAUCUGAUACUUCAUCAUCCUCAUACCUCCAGUGCAGGAGUAAAGAAGAAAAUGUACUGCAGUUACUGACCUAUAGGGUGUGAGAGGAUAUUAAUUUCCUUAUGUGCUGAAAUGGGUGCUUAAGUACAUAACCAUAAUUUAACUGAAACUAAAUAACAACUGACUGUCUAAUAUUUUUAUUUACUAGUAUUCUUGCUAACAUACAUUCGUUUAUACAAUUUUAUGGGUUCAUUUGGUUCUGUGCAAAAUGCAUGUUCAAAUUUAAGCAGAUGUUUAAAAUCCAGCUGUAGAAUGCAGCCAAUGACUAGUUAUUUUUAAUGGAACAAUUCAAUAUACAACAAAGAUUUCAACAGGGUGGAAAAAGCAGUGAGAAAUUAUACAUAGAAGUAUAGAUCAAAAUCUUACUUGUAUCUAGACCAAAAUGUACUAUGAAAUCGAAAGUCACAAAAUUGCUAGUUGUAAGUAGACUAAUGCAUUAAAAACUGAUACGAACAGGAAUCUGAGUCUAUAAUCAGCACAAGGUUAAGCCAAACUGGACCUUUGAAGACUUCUCAAUCACUUGGUCUUUUUCCAGUCUUCAGUUUUAGAGAGUCAGGCCCUCAGGUUCUUGUUUGUGGCUGAAGGUUUAGAACCUGAUGUGAUCUGCAGUUGAACUUAAUCUGCCUGAAAGUUGGAUGUUUUGUGCUGGUUUUCUGCUCACCAUAGACUUCCUGUCAGCUCAGACCAUUUUGUUCAUAUUCCUCUGAUCUUUCUCAUAAACAACCCGUUUCCAGCCACAGCAAUUCGAAGGAUAUCAUCAGUUUAUGAAAUACACAAUCCAGCCCAUCUGGCACCAACCUCCUAGCCAAACAGUCACAGAGAUCACACUCAUUUGCAUGAUUUCUUGCCUUCAUGCACCAUCUGCUGCCACAUGAUUGGCUGUUUAGAGAAUGCACGAAUGUUCAGCUGUACAGGUUUCUUUAUAAUGUAAACUUAUAACGUGUGUAUAGUGUACAUACUUUAGUUACUUUAUAGUUACUGAAUAAGAGAAAAGACUUUUAAGAUUCAAAAGGUUUCUCUUUUAUGGAUUGUUUCUUUUAUAAGUAUUCAGUUUCAAAAACACUGAAGUACGGUAUAAAGUACAAUUAAAAAUUUACUUUUCUUCCUCCGGCAUUUCAGCUGACACAAGCCAGGUAUAUCUUAAUGACCUUGAGCACUGAAUUGUAAAUAGGCUCUUUAAGAAAAUAAAAGACAUUCCUAUGUU